AAUGACAGCACGAAAAGUCAACGAAACGAAAAGUGAAAAGUGAAUACACAAUAUUAAUUAAAUUUCCAAUUUUAAACAAUAACAAACGACAUUGAGGAUAGAAAUUGAAAUAUAGCAAGAUGUCGUCCCGUAAUCUGACGGAGGUUUUCAACAUUAUGCGAAAUAAUGCAUCAAAAAAUCGCAAUUUAUAUUCCGAUGACAAAGGUGGUACUGAUGCUGAGUUAUUGUUAAAACGUUCUGUCCAUGAUGCUGAAGAGGGUAUGGAACUAAGAGAUGAUUAUGGAAGUCAGCCGACAUGGAUAGAUAAAUUGGAAGAGGCCCAGUACAGCAUGUCCAAAAUAAAACCCAAAUUAGACGAACUUGGCUCAUUGCAAGCCCGUUCCUUACUGCGUCCAGCCUUCGACGAGAGCAAAGAGGAAGAACUAGAAAUGGAACAGUUGAGCCAGGAAAUAUCCAAACUUAUUACCUCAACGCAUCGCCAUGUUCAGUGUAUACGUUAUAGUUUAGGCGAGGGAGGAAAGUUAGAACAACGCCUUACGGCCAAUGUGGUGACAUAUCUUAUGAUGAGUCUGCAAGAGCUGACACUUAAAUUUCGUUAUAGUCAAAAUUCCUAUUUGAAGCAAUUGAAUUCACGAGAAGAACGCAGCCAGCAGUUCUUUGAUGAUUUUAGUAAUGGCAGCAAUGGAGGAGAACGUGACAAUUAUGUUGAUUCCUUUGACAAUUUUCUACAACCCACCCCACCAAACACGGCAACAACACUCACGCGUAACAACUAUUUAUAUGAAGAUGAUGAUGAAGCCAAAGAUAGUGAAUUGGAUGCCCAUUUCCAAAGGCCAAUGGCAAAUCGCAUGACCGAGCAACAACUGUUGUUGUUUGAAGAGGAAAACACACGCAUGGCUUUAAAUCGUGACGAAGAAGUGUCGAAAAUUGUCAAGAGCAUUUACGAUCUCAAUGACAUCUUUAAGGAUUUGGGUCAAAUGGUACAGGAACAGGGCACCGUCUUGGAUCGCAUUGAUUAUUCUAUUGAACAAACGCAGACGCGGGUAUCGGAAGGAGUACGCCAGCUACAAAAGGCCGAAAUGUAUCAAAGAAAGAAUCGUAAAAUGUGUGCAAUCCUGGUAUUGGCAGGAAUUACCUUAUUUAUGCUAAUCUUGCUUAUCUUUACAAAAUUAUAGAUAGACUUGUGAAUAGUCCCCAAAUUAUUUUUGUUUUUAAGAUUUGUUUAUAUUUAAAAAACUUAAUUUAUGUAUCUAAAAAAAUAUAUCAUAAUUCACAACUAAUCCUAAA